GACAAAUUCAAGUGCUUCUUCCCCAAAACCUUGGACUGCUUUCAUGUAGCUCAGCACGUGAGAGGGAAAGUCUCAAACUUUAAACGAUGCUAUGUGAAAUUUGUUGGAUGAAUUGAGAAAUGGAGGUGAUGGUUAUGGCCAACGCUCAACCGGGUGUCUCCAAUUUUCAGAGGAAUGGGGUUUUUGCUACGAAUUGUUGCCCAAAGUCGCUUCCUUUAUCUGGGUUUUCGAUUUUCCGGAGACCCAUUUUCGGUAUUGGAUUAAAUGAGAAGAAUGUGAAGAGGAAUCGGGUUUUCGGUAUUAAGUUCGUGAAUUCCAGAACUGUUAUUAGUGCUGUGUCGAAGGAAGGGUCUGAAAUUUUAGAGAAGGAAUUCGAAUUUAAGCCGUCAUUUGAUCAGUACUUGAAGGUUAUGGGGACUGUUAGGCUUAGAAGUGAUAGAGAUAGGCAGCAGAGAUCGAAAGAAGAGAAUCCGAAGCAUAGUGUGCGGAGUAGAGGUGUUUCCAGGAGACUGUUGUCCGAGGGUAGUGAAGAGGAUGCAAAAUUGGGGGAGCCUGAAGGGAAUUUGAAUCGAGAGAAGGCGUCAAAAUUUGAGAAUCGGUAUGAGUCGCUUGGAAAUAGAAAUGGAAGCACGCAUGAAAGUGAACGAGUUGAAGGGUUUAAGGAUGAAUAUGAUAGCAGACAGAACAACAAGGAUGAAAAGGAUAAGAAGAUGAUAAGGGGAGAGACAAGAGAUGGAAGAUGGUCAAAAUAUACUGGUAGGGUAGAACCAGGAUUGGACUUCAAAGGUAAAAGUACAACGGUACGAAAUGCAAAAGAUGGCCCGGGAGUUACUGGUCGGCUAGAGCAGGAAGUAGACUUCAAAGGUAAAAGUACAAUGGCACGAAAUGCGAGAGAUGGCCUGAGAGUUUACAAGUCAAGGGAUAAAGCCGUUGAAAGAGGGAAAUUUGGUGUUAGAAAUGAAGAUGGAGUUGAAAGGAACGACAGCAAUGCUGAUAAAGCGACUGAUAGAGGUUUUGUUCCAAGAAGUGUAACUAAGAGUGGUAGGGAUUUCCCUAAAAGAUUUAACGAAAAAAGCUUGGAGGUGGAAAGAGCAGCAUUUCAGAAUUUUGAUGAAUUCGGUGAUAUUAUGGACAAGCCACGAGUUUCACAAAUGGAAAUGGAGCAGAGAAUCCAGAAGCUAGCAAAGUGGCUGAAUGGUGCAGACAUUGACAUGCCUGAGUGGAUGUUUUCAAAGAUGAUGCGAAGUGCACAAAUCAGAUUCACAGAUCAUUCAAUAUUGAGAGUUAUCCAGCUAUUGGGAAAACUAGGAAACUGGAGACGGGUGCUACAAGUUAUUGAGUGGCUUCAAAUGCGUGAACGUUUCAAAUCCCACAAGCUCAGAUACAUAUACACAACUGCACUUGAUGUACUUGGAAAGGCAAGGAGGCCUGUGGAAGCACUUAAUGUAUUUCAUGCAAUGUUGGAACAAAUGUCCUCGUAUCCCGACUUGGUAGCUUAUCAUUCUAUUGCUGUAACUCUUGGACAAGCAGGACAUAUGAGGGAACUUUUUGAUGUGAUUGAUACUAUGCGAUCUCCUCCUAAGAAGAAGUUCAAAACCGGGGCACUUGGAAAGUGGGAUCCUCGUCUGGAACCAGAUAUUGUUGUCUUUCAUGCGGUAUUAAAUGCCUGUGUUCAGCGCAAACAAUGGGAAGGAGCAUUUUGGGUUUUGCAGCAGUUGAAGCAACAAGGCCUACAGCCUGCCACAACAACAUAUGGACUUGUCAUGGAGGUGAUGCUAGCAUGUGGCAAGUACAACUUGGUUCAUGAGUUUUUCAAGAAAGUGCAGAAAUCUUCUAUACCAAAUGCUUUAACUUACCGAGUUAUUGUGAACACUCUUUGGAGAGAAGGUAAAAUAGAUGAGGCUGUAUCGGUUGUUCACAACAUGGAAAGACGAGGAAUAGUAGGUUAUGCGGCUCUCUAUUAUGACUUUGCUCGAUGUCUUUGUAGUGCUGGAAGGUGCCAAGAAGCACUAAUGCAGAUUGAGAAGAUAUGUAAGGUUGCAAACAAGCCUCUAGUAGUGACUUAUACCGGUUUAAUUCAAGCUUGUUUGGACACUGGAAGCGUUGAAAAUGCGGCCUAUGUUUUCAAACAAAUGGAGAACUUUUGCUCCCCAAAUCUUGUUACUUGCAACAUAAUGCUGAAAGCUUACUUGGACCACAGAAUGUUUGAAAAAGCGAAAGAUCUGUUCCUGAGGAUGUUAGAUGAUGGGAAUAAUAUCACCAAUGGAUCCGAUUAUAAGGUUCGGAUAAUACCAGAUAGCUACACUUUCAACACCUUGUUAGAUGCCUGCGUCACAGAAAAGAGGUGGGAUGAUUUCGAGUAUGUUUACAGAAGGAUGUUACACCAUGGGUUUCACUUCAAUGCUAAACGCCAUCUUCGGAUGAUAUUGGACGCUUGCAAAGCCGGAAGGGCGGAGCUGCUGGACAUGACCUGGAUGCACUUGACUGAGGCAGACCGGAUUCCACCACCUCCUCUCGUGAAGGAACGGUUCUGCACGAAGCUAGAGAAAGAUGACUAUGCUGCUGCUCUCUCCUGUAUUACCACUCAAAAUCUCGGUGAGCUGCAGGCAUUCUCGAAGACAGCGUGGUUGAAGUUGUUCAAGGAAAACGCGGAAAGGUUUCAGAAUGACACUUUUGUACGGUUAGUUGACGAGGGUAGCAUUCUUGUUAACAGAAGUGAUAGGUCGAAUCCUGUAUUUCAAAACCUUAUGGCAGCUUGCGGAGAAGUUGAUAGAAUCCGUUUAGCAGGAGCUGCAGGUUCUACACGUGAAACUGUAUCUACAACUCAAACGGAACCAGCUAUCAAUUCAAAGAUGUAUUUUCCGGCCUAAGUAAAAUAAAAGAGAACAGAAUGUUCAUUGAAUCUUUGACCAUUGA